CGGGUGUUUUGUCUGUUGGCGCCGUUAGCUCGCUGAAGCUAAAGCUAAAAGUGGAGGAAAACUGCGGCGGAAAAUGUCGAAAGGCCAAACUCUGCGCGCGCGCGUCAACGAGCGGCUGACUGCGGCCGCCGAGGAGAUCUUCGCGCUCGUGGAGAGGACGAUCGCGGAGUACGAGGAGGAACUGUGCCGCUCCAAAGAAGAAAACCAGAGGAAACAGCAGCUGCUCGACUCGGUUCUGCCGCCGCGGGACUCGCACGGAUCAGGCGUCCCGUUCGAGCCGGUCCGCGCCGAGGAGUUCGUCCGGUCCUCGACCCCGGAGGAGGAGCAGAGCCGCCGGCGCGACGAGGACGAGGAGCUGUCCUUCAUCCCCGACAUCCUGGUCAAGGGCGAGAACGGAGGGAACCUGUCCUCGCUCUUCCAACCGCAAACCGACCACAGGGACGCUCCCGGGACGCACGCCUACGGAGGAGACAAAGCGCAGGGACACGGCUACGGAGGAGACAAAGCACCUGUGACGCACGGAUACGGAGAAGAUAAAAACCAAGGACACGGAUACGGAGGAGACAAAAAUCAAGGACACGGAUACGGAGACAAAGCACAGGGACAUGGCUACGGAGGAGACAAAGCACAGGGACAUGGACACGGAUACGGAGGAGACAAAGCACCUGUGACGCACGGAUACGGAGACAAAGCACAGGGACACGGAUACGGAGACAAAAAUCAAGUACACGCAUACGGAGGAGACAAAACACAGGGAUACGGAGACAAAACACAGGGACACGGAUACGGAGGAGACAAAACACAGGGUCACGCGUACGGGGACAAAACCCAGGGACACGGAUACAUAGGAGACAAAACGCAGGGAUACGUGGACAAAAACCAGGGUCACGGCUUCAGUGGAGACAAAAACCAGGGUCAUGCGUACGCGGACAAGACCCAGGGACAUGGAUACGGAGGAGAUAAAACGCAGGGUCACGGAUACGGAGACAAAAACCAGGGUCACGGAUACGGAGGGGACAAAGCGCAGGGUCACGGCUGCGAAGAGGAAGCGGAGGGACACGGGUACGGACACGGACACGAGGAGGACCACUUCAAACACUUCGAGGAGUCGGACAAAGUGGAGCAGGUGGACUCGGACUCGGAGAGCGACGAGGACUGGGAGCCUCCGGGCGGCAGCCGAGUCGCCAAGAGGAUGAGGACGGACCGGGAAAACUACGACCACAAAGACGACUCCCUGGAGAUGAUGCUCAACGAGAGUUUCUCCGACCACGACAUCGAGAACAAAAUGCAGAUCCACGAGUGCCUGGCGUGCGGCGAGACGUUCGAGCGCAGCGGCGAGCUCCAGAAGCACAUGGCGUCGCACGUGGGCUUCAACUGCCCCGUGUGCGGGAAGGACUUCACGCGGGAACACGAGUUUAAGACGCACUUGGCCGUCCACACCGGGAACACGCCGUUCGGGUGUUCGGAGUGCGAGGCGCAGUUCGCUGUCCAGGAUCAUUUGGACCGUCACAUGAAAAUCCACCUGACGCAGACGCCGUUCAGCUGCCCCGUCUGCAAGAAGUCGUUCACGAGGAAGUACCGGCUGCGCUCGCACAUGUCCUCGCACACCGGGGAGAAGCCGUUCAGCUGCCCCGUGUGCGCCCGCGGAUUCACCCGCAAGGACAACCUGGGCGCCCACAUGGCCACGCACACGGGGCAGAAGCCGUUCAUCUGCGCCAUCUGCAACAAGUGCUUCAUGAGGAAAGACCGGCUGACGGCGCACAUGAGCUCCCACACCGGCGAGCACUUCUGCCUCAAGAAGAAGAACUAGACACGCCGACCCUUUAAAAGUCCACCCCCCACCCCCCUGCGCUGCGAACAGGAAGUGCUCCGGUGUCAUCUAGAGAUCUCUCCCGGGGCCCUAGUCAAACCCUCUUUACAGUUAGAAGUGCGAGUUUGUACGAGGCUCCGCCCACCUGCUCCCACACGACAAGUCUCCAUAAAAACACAGAAACACAAGUGCUGUAUUUUUCAGAUUCUAAGGCGCGUUAAGAGAAAAAAAAAACAGAUCAGUCAAAUUUGAUUAAACUCAUUCAUAAAAACUCAAAACAUUGUUCAGUUUUAAAACAUAAAAAACAAAACACGACGUUCAUUGUUCUUCCUCAGAUCCAUCAAACCCUUCAUCUUCUGUGUCUGAGGUUAACAGUUUGGCAAUUUCCGAUCUGUUUCAGUCCUGGUUUAGACCUGGUUUAGACCUGGUUUAGAUCUGGUUUAGACCUGGUUUAGACCUGGUUUAGACCUGGUUUAGACCUGGUUUAGACCAUGUUUAGACCAUGUUUAGACCUGGUUUAGAUCAUGUUUAGAUCAUGUUUAGAUCAUGUUUAGAUCAUGUUUAGACCACGUUUAGACCAUGUUUAGUCCUGGUUUAGACCUGGUUUAGACCACGUUUAGAUCUGGUUUAGACCUGGUUUAGAUCUGGUUUAGACCUGGUUUAGACCACGUUUAGACCUGGUUUAGACCACGUUUAGACCUGGUUUAGACCAUGUUUAGACCUGGUUUAGACCACGUUUAGACCUGGUUUAGAUCUGGUUUAGACCUGGUUUAGACCUGGUUUAGACUUGGUUUAGACCAUGUUUAGACCUGGUUUAGACCACGUUUAGAUCUGGUUUAGACCUGGUUUAGACCUGGUUUAGACCCGUUUAGACCUGGUUUAGACCUGGUUUAGACCUGGUUUAGACCUGGUUUAGACCUGGUUUAGACCUGGUUUAGACCACAUUUGGAUCUGAUUUAGACCACGUUUAGACCUUGAGACCACUUGAGUCAUACUAAAACAUUCGGACAGAUUUUUGAGCACUUUGUAUCUCAUAAAAUCAGUUUGAGGUCAGUAACACCAGAAUUAAAAUAUGAGGCACAAAAAAGUUGAUUUUUGAUAAAAUUAAAGGAUUUUCCGUGCGCCUUAUUGUCUGAAAAAUCCAGUCGUUUCAUGAGCAGUUUUCGUGACCUGUGAGCAAAGGAAUGUCUCGUGUUGAUACGUUAUUUUGGGCAAAUCCGUAUUUUUCCAAACAAUAAAACAUAAUCUAAAGAUAUAAUCUCAAGUUAAGUAUUAGUGGAUAAUCCCCUCGUCUUUAAAGAAGCUGCUCAAACUGUAGCUUUUUGUAUUAAACAUUUAAAGGACCUAAACCUCACUUUUUGCCUCACGCCUCCUCCUCUUUCCACGCGAUUCUCCGUCGAUAAACUCUGAUUGGACGAGUAUUUUUAAUGAUUCUCAUCCAGCGUAACUUCAGUCAGUUUUUUUAUUGAUUUAUUUUGCGUUUCCACUCGAGCGUUUGAUGUAAAACCCAAUUUCCUGAACUCGCUGAAAUAAACGGCGCUUCUGGGCCUUCGGUAACGAGCGUAGUUUUAAAUCAAUGCGUUUUUGUAUCCGUACUUUGAUACUUGAGGGGGCUCUGCGCGUCUAUAUCUGCGGCGGAAUGUUCAGCAUGUUACCACGGCGAUGCAGCAACAGCAAAUGCGACUGGACCGAGAAGUUUUUUUUUUUUUUUUUUUAAAGACAAGUCUGAAAACUCAAUAAAGUGAUUUGAAAAGUGCGUUUUCGUUUCCCGUGAUCAGUCCGAACAAACGGUUUCAGAUGGAGCAGUGCCUCCAGUUAGCGGAGAGAGAGAGAAAGAGAUAAAUCAUGGCGUCGACAGAGAAUUUUAUAGUGUUUCUUUACAGUAUUUUCCAUUUUUGCGUUUAUUUUAUUUAUUUAUUUUUUUUCAGUUUUUCGCGCUUGCCAACGUAGCGGGGGCGGGUUCAUAUUUAACUGCGAAUCACCGGGUUUAAAGCUCACCGCAUCGCUUUUCCGGUGGAUCCUCGUUUCCGUGGAGACGUCGUCGUCGCCGCUGCUGCUCAAGUUUUUUUUUUUUUUUUUUAAAGCAAUAAAAACACCCGCAACGAAAAUAAAUGCGACGAGACAGAUAAAUUUAACGCCGCUGUGCUGCGUUUCAAGCGAAGCAGUAACGUCUCCAUGGAAACGACCACCAGAAAAGUUCCACAAUGCAGCUUUCGAGACGCUUCUAGAAAUAAUAUGGGUCAUUUUUGUAUUAGUAUUAUGAUUAUUUUGCGUAGUAUUAAAGCGGGGGUAGUGUUAAAGUAGUAUUAAAGCGCUUUCUCUCGUCGUUCCGCGUCAAAAAUCCCUGCCUGAAGACGUUCGAGAGUCGUCCGUGCGUGUCUGAGUCAUCUAGUGAUCUCUCCCGGUACGACAAGCCUCCCACCGCCCACGACAAUCCUCCGUAAAUACACAAAAACACGACGCGAAAAAAACCUGCACACGGCGACGGGAUGAACCGGCUGAGCGUUUCGUUGGUGUUCUGGGAUGGCGCUCUGAAGGGGGAGGGACUCAGCGCGGAGAGCAAAGGGCGGGGAGGACGUUCAUCUGCUGCUUUAGGCGAUUCUAGUAUUUUUAAAUCGAUUAAAAGGAACGUGCUGAUCAAAAUACGCGACGUGUUACAGUUAAAAACUCCACAAAAAAAAAAGUACCGUUUCUGGCUUUUCUCCCCUCGACCAAUACGGAACAUUUUAAAGCUUUUCUCAGUUUCUCUGGACCAAAACCACUCUGACGCGCCGGCUCUGCGGAGCGGCGUCUCUCUGCUGGAGGCGUUUGAAUUUAUACGCCUGUAAAAUGUGUUAAACUGUAAAUAAAUUGUGUUUUGUUUUGUUUUGUUUUUUAUUUCUUCAUUUUGAGAAUUUUUCUGUUUCUGGUUUGAGAUAUUUUAUUGUCGACAACAAACGUCCUGGAGUGUGAUUUUUAAAAACUUUAAAUAAAAGGCUAAAAAAAUAAAAAAUAAAUAAAAAAUCUGAAUUGAAAACAA